GUCUGCGCCUGCGGAAUCGCCGUUUGACCCCGGAAGUACGGGAGCUCUGGGAGCUGUCACCGUGAACGACGGCGGCGGCGGCACAGCGCCGGUUGGGGGAGCAGCCGAGGAGGGUCACGCAGCACAAUGCCAGCUCUGCCCCUGGACCAACUCCAGAUCACCCACAAGGACCCGAAGACAGGAAAGCCAAGGACUUCACCAGCGCUGCACCCCGAGCAGAAGGCAGACCGGUAUUUUGUGUUAUACAAACCGCCCCCUAAAGACAACAUUCCCGCCCUAGUGGAGGAGUACCUGGAACGCGCCACCUUCGUAGCCAAUGACCUCGACUGGCUCCUGGCCUUGCCUCACGAUAAAUUCUGGUGCCAGGUCAUCUUCGAUGAGACCCUACAGAAGUGCCUGGACUCCUACUUGCGCUAUGUCCCCCGAAAGUUCGAUGAGUGGGUGGCCCCGGCCCCAGAGGUUGUUGACAUGCAGAAGCGCCUCCAUCGAAGUGUUUUUCUCACCUUCCUCCGCAUGUCCACUCACAAGGAAUCCAAAGACCACUUCAUUUCACCCUCUGCGUUUGGAGAAAUCCUGUACAAUAACUUCCUCUUUGAUAUCCCAAAGAUCUUGGACCUCUGUGUACUCUUUGGAAAAGGCAACUCACCGCUGCUCCAGAAGAUGAUAGGAAACAUCUUUACCCAGCAGCCAAAUUACUAUAAUGACCUGGAUGAAACCUUGCCCACCAUCCUUCAGGUCUUCAGCAAUAUCCUCCAACACUGUGGCUUGCAAGGGGAUGGGGCCAGCUCCACACCCCAGAAGCUUGAGGAGAGGUGCCGGCUGACUCCCAGCGACAUGCCUCUCCUGGAGCUAAAGGACAUUGUUCUCUACCUUUGUGACACCUGCACUACACUUUGGGCCUUUCUGGAUAUCUUUCCUUCAGCUUGCCAAACCUUCCAGAAGCAUGACUUUUGUUACAGACUAGCUUCCUUUUACGAAGUGGCCAUUCCCGAAAUGGAGUCUGCAAUUAAGAAGAGGAGGCUUGAAGAUACCAAGCUGCUAGGUGACCUGUGGCAGAGGCUCUCCCAUUCCAGGAAGAAACUAAUAGAGAUUUUUCACAUCCUUCUAAACCAGAUCUGCCUCCUUCCCAUCCUAGAAAGCAGCUGUGACAACAUUCAGGGCUUCAUUGAAGAGUUUCUUCAAGUCUUCAGCUCCUUGCUGCAGGAGAAGAGGUUUCUCCGGGACUAUGACACACUCUUCCCUGUGGCUGAAGAUAUCAACUUGCUGCAGCAGGCCUCAUCAGUCUUGGAUGAGACACGAACUGCCUACAUCCUCCAGGCAGUGGAAAGUGCGUGGGAAGGGAUGGACAGACGGAAAGUCACAGAUGCUAAAGACCCAUCGGUGACUGAGGAUCUCAGUGGGGAUCCCAGCAGGGUCGCAGUAACGGCAGAGCCAGUCAGUCAAGCAGCAUCACAUACGGAGAACUUGGAGGACGAGUGCAUGGGGGCAGCAGCUGCCCCAGGCCCCGUCAUUUGUGGUGUGGAGCUGGACUCACUCAUCUCCCAAGUGAAGGACCUGCUUCCAGACCUUGGGGAGGGUUUCAUCCUGGCCUGCUUGGAGCACUACCACUACGACCCAGAACAGGUGAUCAACAACAUCCUGGAGGAGCGGCUGGCCCCUACCCUCAACCAGCUGGACCAAAAUCUAGACAGACAGAUGAAACCAGACCCAACGCCCCUGCUGACAUCUCGUCACAACGUCUUCCAGAAUGACAAGUUUGACGUGUUCAGCAGGGACUCAGUGGACCUGAGCCAGGUGCAUAAGGGCAAGAGGAAAGAGGAGAACACACGGAGCCUGCUGAAUGACAAGCGAAUGGUGGCAGCGCAGCGACAGCGCUACGAGCAGUACAGUGUGGUGGUGGAGGAGGUGCCGCUACAGUCAGGUGAGAGCUUGCCCUACCAUGGUGAUGACUACGAGGAUGAGUACGAUGACACGUACGAUGGCAACCAGGUGGGCGCCAACGAUGCAGACUCUGAUGAUGAGCUCAUCAGCCGCAGGCCCUUCACGAUCCCUCAGGUGCUGAGAACCAAAGUGCCCAGAGAAGGGCAGGAGGAAGAUGAUGAGGAAGAGGAGGAGGAGCCUGAAGACGAGGCCCCCAAGCCUGACCAUUUCGUGCAGGACCCUGCAAUGCUGAGGGAGAAGGCAGAAGCCAGACGUAUGACUUUCCUCGCCAGGAAGGGGUACCGGCAUGACAGCUCAACAACAGUGGCUGGCAGCCCCCGGGGCCAUGGGCAGAGCCGAGAGACAACACAGGAGCGCAGGAAGAAGGAAGCCAACAAGGCGGUACGAGCCAACCACAACCGGAGAACCAUGGCUGACCGCAAGAGAAGCAAAGGCAUGAUCCCAUCUUGAGGCCGCUGUGCCAGGGCCGGCAGGGAGGCAGUGACGCCAGGCCUGCUUCCCAUAGUCUGGGGCCUUCUCACCAGUUGGCCCUCUACGGGGCCCCAAGUUCAACUCGACCCCUCAACAGCCUCAGCUUUGCAGCCCCUGAGAAGGCCGCCUCGUCAUCUACCAGCCAUGAGCACCUUCUACAGAACACACAGUGCCUUAUCCCACAGCAGAAGAGUCUGUGGGGCCAGCCAGCAGGCACUUUCCCCCAGC